CAGCAAAAACAGCAAACCAACAUCAGCGAGGCAAUGGCAAUCAAAAUUGGCGGCAGAAGGAGCAAGAAAGCAAUGGGAAAAGGAAAAAAGAAAAUUAAAUCGAAACUAAAAAGAAGGGGACAGGACAACGAUUUUAAAAGGGAUUUGGUUUCCAAAUAAAAAGAACAAAUAAAAUUUUUUCUCGAAUAAAAAUGGAAACCCGGAACGCUCUCCCCAAUUCGAUGAACCAUAAGAUCUUCAAUUUUGUUUUUUACACUCUCCAUUUCUUCUCCUUCUUCUAUAUAUUUCCAGCCGCCAAUAAGUUCAUUACUGGUUCACAUCUCAGAGCAUCAUCCCCAGCUCCAGAUUUUCUCUGCAGGUUUGUUGUGCUUUGAUGUAACAUGGAUUCAUGGGGACUGAACUGUUUAGAAGGGAACAUGACUAACUCUCAGAGAAGAACAUUGGAUCUAGAUUUAGAUCUUAACUAUCCCCUUCCUCCUCCAAUGAGGGCUCUUGACUUAUCACUUGGGUUAUCCAUUCAUUCUAGUUCUCAAGAAGUUCAAACUCAAAUGCGUGGAUGGUCUCAUCAUCAAACUACAAAUGUCAUCAGGGCCAUUGAUGAUGAAGUUACUAUAAUCUCCCCAAGGACAUUUUCUCAAGCGAGGGAAAAUUCUGAAAGAAACCAUUCUCAUGGAAUGCAUGAAGUGAUUGUUGAAGAUACUGUAACUGUUAGGGAAACAGCUAUGACCAGUUUAUGCACCGAUUGCAAAAGAAGAUUAUCUGAUGGAUGUGAUCCUUACUUGAAACCAGGAACAAGUAGCAAGAAAAAGGCAACUAAUGUUUCUAUGAUUCAAAAAUUGUCCCAGUCUGUUCCUAUGCCUGACGAACCUACAUUCAGUUGCCCAAUAUGUAUGAGCCCCUUUACUGAACCAACUGCAACAAGGUGCGGCCAUAUCUUCUGUAAGGAGUGCCUCUUGAAAUCGCUAAAAUCAUUACAUAACAAAUGCCCAACCUGCCGGCAAAAGGUUGGAAAGCGAGGCAUCUUUAGGAUUUACCUUCCUUCAACCAACUGAUUGAAUUUUAUGAAGGCGUUAGUUAUUUUGGCUAGCUGUAAAAGUGCUUCAUCAUUGUUUAGGUAGAUAUUACCUUUUAGGUGAUCCUUUUUAUUUUUAUUUUCUUUUGCUGGGUAUUGUGCUCGAGUAUUCAUCAUCAAUGGAGAAGGUUGACCGUUAGUCUGGCUUACUUUGUAAAUAGUCUGCCUGACUUGUAAAAACUUCUCCUUUCAUAUAGGUUAUAGGUAAGGGAGAUUUAGGAACCUGGGGAAUUUCUAUUGCUUUGCAAUAUAAGUAAUAAUGAAAAUUCAUGCCUCUGAUAGCAUAUUUAAGAUGGUGUGCUCCAUUUUGAUC